AUGCAGGCACAGAUGCAGAUGCAGAUGCAGGCACAGAUCCAGGCGUUGGCAAUUCUCCUGAAAGGCCAACAGCCCACGCCUUCCACUUCCGAAGGGAUUUUGCCAGCCGCUGACACUAUGCUACUACCUUUGUCGACCAUCCAGACCUGCAGCAAGGAAGCUACUGGACAGCAGCCACGUCCACCUCCAUCAGUGCCUGGGGGGCCACAGCCUCCUGCAUUUGUGGCCUCAAACCUGACCUCUGUGGUAGACAACCAGCCCGUCAGAGAUAGGAGAGACAAUACCGGACCUCCUACACCAGCUGUCGUGUCUGCACCACCACCGCCCACCUUGUCGGGGACUGAAGCUGCAACCCAGCCCCGGCCUCCAGUGCUGCCUCAGCCAACACAGUAUGGGCCACCUUCGCAAUAUAUGGCGCCUGUACCACAGCCCCCGGUCUAUCUGCACUCAACACAUCCUGCAGCAGCUGAUGGCACCCCUGUCUCCUCAUCCCAGUCAUGGUCAGUUCAACCAUGCGAUCAUGCCUGCCUUCGUUCCACACUGACCAGCGGACGUGACGAGGUCCCUGUCUUUUGCGGGGAGACGCCAGCCUCCCAGGGCAUGUAG